UCCAAAACAAUAGACACUGACUGUUGCAGCAGUUGAGCCAUGGCAGAACACUGGGGCCUGCCUUCUGAGAUAAAUAUUGGGUUCCGAUGAACCUACUACUACAGAGAAGAGGAAAUGCUGUCAACUAUUUCCAUGCGGAUGCAUCUUGAAUGACAACAACUGUUAAAGACCAAAUUCAACUGUCAAUUUCACCAAAAGGAAGGCAGCGCAGAUGACAGACACGUAGACCAACUGGUGCUGGUUACACCGUGUCAAUACGAAUGCAGUGCAAUGCACUGUAAAAGCACGUCUGCCUGCUUUAACAGGCAAGUCCAAUAACCGGAAACAGAAAAAAAAUCCCCCUGAUGACGCGGGACUCCUCCUCAUGAUGCCAUUUAGCAACAGAUGAGCUGCAUAGGUGAACAUCUCGGGCUGCAAGUCGACCCUUAUCGCAUUGAGAGUGUGUUAAGGGGACGACUUUCAACGGGUGAUGUCCGUUAGGGUCUUGGUGCACCGUUUCUCUUGCACCGUAACCAGCCAGUGUGGUAGCGACGUGUCCGUCCAGCCCUAAACCCCAGCGUGUGUUACGCCUGUCAGUGGUCAGCUUCAGCAGCGGAACGCUAUGGAUGUGCUGUGGAUGGCACCGCUGCUGCUGGUCCCGCUGCUGAUGUGGACCAGCAGCACGUUUGUGUUUUAUUUCAAAAAGUGCUUUUACGUGGCCUGGAUGAUGCUUCUGGCGCUGUUCGCCAUUCCCUUGUGUAUCCUGAAGAGCGGGGGCAGAGAUGUUGAAAACAUGAGGAUUAUCCGCUCUUUGGUUCGUCAUGUGAAAUAUUUCCUGGGUCUUCGGUUUGAAGUGAGUGGUUGGGAGCGUCUGCAGACAGAGGGUCCUUAUGUCAUCAUCUCCAACCAUCAGAGCUCCUUGGAUGUUCUGGGCCUGAUGGAGAUCUUACCAGACCGUUGCACCAUGAUUGCAAAGAAGGAGCUGGUCUAUGCUGGUACUGUUGGUCUCAUCUGCUGGCUCGGCGGGAUCGUCUUUAUCAACCGCAAGAAGACCAGCGAUGCCAAGAGUGUCAUGACCGACGCUGCCAAAACAAUGUUGGAUGAGCAGAUCCGUCUGUGGGUGUUCCCAGAAGGAACUCGAAAUCAGAAGGGCGGCCUGCUGCCCUUCAAAAAAGGUGCUUUCCAUCUGGCAGUGCAGGCACAAGUGCCCAUCAUACCCAUCGUUUUCUCCUCCUACAGCAACUUCUACCUGAGAAAAGAGAAGCAGUUCAAAUCAGGAACCAUCAGGUUGAAGAUUCUUCCAAAGAUUGAAACAAAGGGGAUGACGUCAGACGAUAUCUCCGCCCUUGCCGACCAGUCCUUUAAUCUGAUGCGCUCCGCCUUCCAUCAAAUCUCUAACAACGUAACCCACAGCAACGGGCCCGUGAGGCACUGAACAUGUGACACGCUCAGCCUUUUUUUUUUUUUUCCUCUGAUGUCCUCGUUUGCGACUCAGUCCUUGCUCCCAGACCUUCCAGCUCUCCCAUUACCUGGCCAGGGCACAACAAGACACAGGUCUCUCCGAUCCUGAAGUCUUGUCUAGUUGAGGCUUGGUCCAGUCUGCAUUUGGCCUGACCAUACAGCAUUGGCGGUCCUGACCCUCACCGUGUCUGCAGCUGCUGCUCUACACGCUGUGAGCGGAGUGACGGACGGCACACCGGACAGUAUGGAUGUGUUUGGUUCAUCAUGCAUGCCUUUUGGAUGGCGCGGUCCACCUUCUGCCUUGCUUUGUUUUUUGCUUUUGGAUUUCUCGGCCUCAUUGUUUUACAUAAGUGCUUUUAUUUAAUUAUUUUAACCCUUCUCUUCUGUUAUUUGCUUUUUAUUGAGCAGGAAAACCUUUAGUUUUUUAAAAUUCAGUCAGUUUCUAUUUUUCUCACGUUCUUUCAUUGGCUGUACUUUCUUUGGACACUCACACAGAACAUCCUCCGUCUCUUUUCUUCUUUGUUUUCUGCAUUUCAAUUUCUUGCCUAAAGACAAAAGUGCAGAGCCGCUGCGUUCUGCGUAGUGGGCAGAGGUUAGAGGUCGACACCGGCUGACCGUUGGACAUCUUUAUUUGUGUCGAUGUAAAAUAAACUCUUCAUCAAUGUUGGCUUUUAAGCUCGUAUGACCAAUAGCACCACGACAAACCUAAUGAUGUCAAAAGGCGAGGAAUUAAAAGCUCUCAGACACAAUGUGUAACAAUAGCGCCAUCUGUACCGGAGUAACGUCAUGAUCCAACUUUAGUGUUGUGCAUUGUUAAAAACUAUCGUGCUUUCCUUUAUCCUGACUCUCCUUAACAUCAGAGAUGACGAACGCCAUGUUUUCUGACUGAACUAACUGACCAACUCACAGUUGAUCCUGUUUGGAUAACAUGUCAAUAAUGUGAUUUCAAAAACACUCUCUGACCAACAUGGCUGGUUCAAAAAUGCAAGCUGUCUACUGUGCCGGGAGGGAAAAAGGUUCAAACCCCACAUUUACUGUGUCCAGAUGAAUGGGCCGUGUACUAAUAAACCAUCAAUAUAACAGUA